AUGACGAUGGACAGAGAGAAGGAGAGGGAACUAGAGCUGGAGAGUGCAAUGUACACCAACUGCUUACUAUUAGGUUUGGAUCCGAACGUGAUCGGACUCGGAUCCUCCAACGGCACGCCUCGUGUGGGGUUAUUCCGCCAUUCCAACCCGAAGCUCGGAGAACAGCUUCUCUACUUCAUCCUCUCUUCUCUCCGCGGACCCGCUCAGUCUUCAAAGGAUUUCGAUAAGGUCUGGCCAAUUUUCGAUUCCGCUCAAUCUCGCGAUUUCCGCAAGGUUGUUCAAGGGAUAAUAAGCGAGCUUGAAUCACAAGGGGCAUUACCAAGGAGUAACUCUAGGGUUUCAUCACUUGCCACUUGCUGUGGACCAAGAUUUGUGGAGCUCUUAUGGCAACUUUCACUGCAUGCGUUACGAGAAGUUCAAAGACGGACAUUUCCUGCUGACGUGGCUUCCAACCCCCUGCCUUCUUCUCUAACUGACGUAUCCUUCUCUCAUGCUGCUACUUUGCUUCCUGUUACCAAGGCCCGGAUAGGGCUUGAGCGCCGUCGAUUCCUUAAAGACGCAGAAACUGCGGUACAAAGACAGGCCAUGUGGUCUAAUUUAGCCCAUGAGAUGACUGCAGAGUUCCGUGGUCUCUGUGCCGAAGAGGCUUACUUGCAGCAGGAACUAGAAAAACUUAACGAUUUAAGAAACAAAGUAAAGCAGGAAGGAGAAGUGUGGGAUGACCUUGUGUCUAGCUCCAGCCAAAAUUCUCAUCUAGUUUCAAAGUCCACUCGGUUGUGGGAUUCUAUAAUGGCUCGUAAAGGUCAGCAUGAAGUUCUUGCGUCAGGUCCCAUUGAGGAUUUGAUAGCUCACAGGGAGCAUAGAUACCGAAUUUCAGGGUCAGCCCUACUUGCAGCGAUGGAUCAGAGCUCUCAAGUUACUCGUGCAGAAUUACUCUCUGCCCAUUCAGUUGAUUCAGCUCUGUCACUUGCAGAUGACAAAGAACUAAGUGAUGAGUCGUACGCAAACAUGCAUGAUCAGCAUUCUCUAGGAGAUAGUUUUGAAACCAACUCACAAGCAAGUGAUGAAACACUUUCUCGAGUAGAUGACAGAGGUGGAAGAAACCAGACAGUUGAUGUUGCGGAAAUCAUAAGGCGCUGGACACACGCAUUGCAGCGUAUUCAUAAACAGUCUCUCCAGCUGGCUAAAGCAAAUGACGGGGAAGGUCCAGAUAUUUUGCGAACUGCAAAUGAUGGUGGUACAAGUGGGCAUGUUGAAUCAUUGGCUGCAACUUUGACUGAACAUCAACAGCAUCUAGCUAGCUUUCAGGUACUCAUUAACCAAUUAAAGGAAGUUUCUCCAGCCAUACAGAAAUCCAUAUUAGGAUGUACUGAGAAGGUUAAUAAUCUUCCCCCAACUUUACCUCCAGCUACGAGAACUAACGGGCAAGCAGCUUCACUUCUACAAUCUCAGGGGAGUGGGAGAAUUUCGGAAGGUGUAUCCAAUGAUAUUACUGAGCUGACCUCGACGAUGUCUAAUGUUCAGCUCGAGAAGGUCUCAGCUAGUCCCACGUUGAAGCUUCCACAAUUAUUUAGCUCCACUCCUACUUCUUCUGGUAAAGGUGGAAAUGGACAAAAGCGACACCCAAUGGCUACUCAGGUCAACAAAAUGGAAAGCUUGUCUGAGAAGAACACUACUGACCAGCCACUGUCACAGACACGAGCAGACAACUUGCCGACUGAUACCAACAGUUCUUUUGUCCAGAACCUGAAGAAAUCCGUAAGGGAAGCUGCUCUAUUGAUCCCAUCUUCAGCAGGAUCAUCACGGGACAGUCAAUCCGAUGAAGGCUCCGAGCAUUACUUCGUACCUCUUUCAGGAGCGGGCUUUACCCGAUUUCCAUCAGAAACCAAAGGCCUGCCUCACAGAGGGUCGAGGCUACAUACCUCUCUUAGCGAGCCUUCCUUUCUUGAGCCCACCAAUGUUCCCCAUAGCCUAGCGCCAAGCAAGUACAGCGAUAUACCUGACACGUUUGAUGAUCUGGAUUCGUUUAAAGAUUACGAUAAUGGGAACGGGUUUCUCUCAGUGGCUGGAUCAAACAGUGUAGCUUCUGAUGCACAACAAUCGUUUUACGAUGUUGAAGAUCAAGUGUUUUCCCCACCAUUACUAAUGGACUCGUCCCUGUUAUCAGAUACCUACGAAGACUUGUUAGCUCCUUUGUCAGAAACCGAAACUGCUUUAAUGGAGCUUUAGGAUGAAGAAGCCCUGAAUCAGAUAAAAGAAGAUGGCACUUGUGUUUCUUCAACGAUUGGUCUUAACACUGGUGUUUCUGUUAUCAUUACCAGUUAACAAAGGUGUUUCUCAGUUUAUCAUGGGUUUGUUGGUAAUGGGAUUUCAUCGUGAUAGACGAAUGAUGAUUUGACUUUGCGUGUGUGGAAAGCCGCUACCUUAUGUAGAAGCAUCGCUCUCUAGUGUUUUGUUUCUCUGAAAAAUACAGAUUGUUUAUUUUUUAUUUAGUUCUUAGAUGUAAAGUGAAGGAAAUAGUGAAGAAAAGUUUGAUCCUAUGGCUAUUCUAUUAUUUUUUUC